AUGUCAUCCGGCGUACGAACGAGGGCAUCUAGCCGCGCCACUGCCUUUGUGGACGAGCGAUCCCGGAUCUCUGGAGCCAAUGGAAGCUUUCGAAACGGCAUGGCGGAUGCGAGAAAUGCAGAGGCUCCCCAGUUAGGAGACAGCGAAUCACAUAAGCGGGCAUCACCAGGCAAUGCGAGCCGCGUGGGCAAGGCCAGGGACGACAGACGCUACGAGGAGCGUAAAGUCGUCGAGCGGGCCUUUGAGGCUCAUGCGGAUCGAAUCACAACGCGGGCAGCCAGUCCCGCCAAGCAGGAGCAGCAACGGCGCUCGCAGCAGCAGCAACAGCAGCAGACGGACAAGAGGCCAGCCGAGAUGCGCAGACAAAAGUCGUCGACGGACCUGCGGUCGAGAGACGUCCGGGCAGAGACGCCCCCAGUCGCCAUGUUAAACUACAUAGGAACUUGGAAUCCGGAGGCGACCCUGCUCCCGCACACCUCUGCCGCCCUCGCCUCACGAAUCUCGCUCCCUCCAAUUGCAUUUACAAUCCCAAAUGCGCCACAGCCGAAACCCCUGCACGAACUGACGCUGGAAGCUCAGGAGGCAGCCAUCGUCGAAGACCUGUUGUAUGUUUUCAUGGGCUACGAGGGACAGUACAUCCGAUAUGCCCGCGGUUACAGUCCCAACGAAGAGAGGGACCGACUCUCUGGGCCGCCCUUUCGUAUUCUGCCCGGUCUUGACCCCAGCCUACACGACCUGACCAAGUCUAUGCUGAAAAUGGCAACAUACUACUCAGCUCUGGAAGCGUUCGUCGACGUGCAGAGCCGCGAGGAGUUUGGUGCCGUGAACCAUGCCUUGUGUGCGUCAGUGAGAAAGUGCUUGCAAGACUACCUGGUCAUGAUUGCCCAGCUCGAGACACAGUUUCUGACGAGCGAAUCCUUUACCGUCCAUGUCCUCAAUAUUCACACUCUACCCACAUGUCAGAUGCUGUCCCAUCUCUAUUCGCUAGCACAAGAGCUCUUGAAGAAGAACGCGCUGCUGGAUGACGAAAGCGACGAGGAAGAAGACGAUGAAGUGGACGAUUACGACAAGGUCCUUGAGAGACUUGCCGAAGGAGGAGACCUUGUCCCUGGAAGUUCCAAAGCCCUUAAAGUCUGCAAGGGCGGCGGUGUUUUGGGCCUCUUGGCCUCGAGGCUUGAAUCUAUGGGAGGUGACCCGGCUGCCCGAUCUUUAUUGACUUCAUUAUUGCGGGAUGCGAGCCGACCUUAUAUGAAGAUGUUGAAUGAAUGGCUCCACCAUGGCAGCAUACACGACCCUCAUUCCGAGUUCAUGAUCAGAGAACAGAAGAGUAUUGGGCGAGAGAGGCUCGAGAGAGAUUACAUCGACGAGUAUUGGGAGAGAAGAUAUACGAUCAGGGACCAGGAUGUGCCGCCCCAGUUGGAAGGCGUCAAGGAGAAAGUGCUGCUGGCCGGCAAGUAUCUCAACGUCGUUCGCGAAUGCGGUGGAGUAGAUGUGAGCAAGAUCGUGACAGAACUACCGACCUCCUUUGACGACAAACGGUUCAUUGAGAACGUCAACAACGCCUACGCUCAUGCCAACGAGUCCCUAAUGCAGCUCCUCCUCACAACGCACGAGCUUCCGUUGAGACUGCGUUCACUCAAGCUCUACUUCUUCCUCGACCCAUCAGAUUCCUUUUCCUACUUCCUUGAGCUGGGAUCAUCAGAACUGAGAAAACCGGCCAAGAAUGUCAACACAAGCAAGCUGCAGUCGCUCCUGGAUCUCGUCCUGCGCCAACCUGGAACCGUGUCCUCGCUUGACCCGUUCAAAGAAGAUGUCAAGGUGGAGAUGAACGAGAUCACUCUGAUCAAUAACCUCCAGCGGGUUGUAAACAUCACGGGCAUAGAGUCAGGCCAAGUGAUGCAGCCCGUCAUUAACCAACAGCCCAUCGAACCAGACAAGAAUGCUACUGGCUUUACAUCGUUGCAGUUGGACUAUUCAGUCCCCUUCCCCGUCUCGCUGGUAAUCAGCCGCAAGACAGUCUGGCGUUACCAGGCGCUUUUCCGCUUUCUGCUACAUUUACGUUACCUGGAGUCUCAGCUAUCGUCGACGUGGCAAGCUCACACCAGAGCCGUGACCUGGUCUCACAAGAGCCCCAACCAGGAGCUCGAAACUCUGAAGAGACGCGCCUGGACCUUGCGAGGGAGGAUGCUCGUAUACGUACAGCAGGUGCUGUAUUUCUGCACCGCGGAAGUAAUCGAGCCUAACUGGACAAAGUUCAUGUCUCGACUGAAAGCCAAGGACGAGACGUCGGACAGGAAAUCCAGCUUCAACCGGACCGUGGACGAGCUGAUGCAGGAUCAUGUAGACUUUCUGGACACGUGCCUCAAGGAAUGCAUGUUGACAAACAGCAAGCUGUUAAAGGUCAACUCGAAGCUCAUGCAAACCUGCGCCAUCUUCUCCCAGUACACCGGUUUCCUCACUCGCGAGCUGGAAAAGAUUGAUCCCGACCUCGCGAGCGGCACCAAGCCCGACAACAUGACCAACGAUCAAUGGCAGCGAUUCCAGUCCUCCAAAGCGCCCCCCUCCUCACGUUCGACAUCCACGCAGCCGGACACGCUGAGCCCGGAGGACGCCGAGGCUCGCGUGACUCACCUCUCGGAAUUUGUCCGCAAGUGGGAGAGCAACUUUGGCCGCCACAUGAAGAUCCUCUCGGACUCGUUGAACCACUACGCCGCGACGGAGACGGUCGUUCUGCUGAGUCUUUGCGCCAGGCUGAGCUCGGUGAAUCAGGGCACUGAGUGGGCCGCCAUUGGGUUAGAUGACGAUGACCAGCCGUAAGAGGCUU